GGGCUGCUAAUAUACAGCACCAGUAGUGCCGCUACAGUAUAUUUGUUUUCGUUUAAUUUGUUGUCGUUUUUUUUUUUUCUAGUGAUUUUUUUUUUCUCGUUUCCGACUUCCUCCACCGAGCCGUACCGCAGUAAGUACAUACAAUCAUACGCAAGCACAAUAACAACAGUGCAUAUUUUUACCAAGUGUGGUAGAACUCGCAACUGCAGUUCCGAACAUCCAAAAGUGUACAGUAUAAACCUGCAGGUGGACAAAAUACAAACGUAUUUUAUCUCAAUAGAGCUCUACGGCGGUUACGUUUGCACCAAACAAAAUCGAACGUAAUCACAAUCGGACACGUGCCUACAUAGGAGCUUACAGUUGCAAUUACAGAAGCUGCUGUACUGGGCGAUCAUCACGUGCAAUACUACGGAGGCUUAUCGUAUCGCGUCUUCCAAAGGGUCGGUUCGUAAGUACUGCAGUCCCGUUGAGAGCACGUCAAACCGUACGUCCGUGUCUAAUGGAUUCGAAGAAGCCGAGCACGUGGUCCGUGACGCUCAAAAGGGACGGUAAAUCUCAACCGUGGGGCAUCCGGUUGGCAGGUGGAGCGGACCUCAAUACCCCUCUCGUCAUAACCAAGGUAUAUUACGGGUCACCCAGUGAACGUGAUCUAAGAGUCGGCGACAUCAUACGGAAAAUCGAAGUGUAUGACGCUCGAGACUUGAGACAUUCAGAUGCGCAAAACUUGUUCGGUAAUGCUGAUCAGACGAUAACUUUGGUCAUUCAAAGGGAUGCACCACACUUCAACAGCCGUGGCAGCGAUACUAACAGUCCUAUACCCACGAUGAUGUCGGUGGUGUUAGAUGACGGUGGCAGACAUUCGCAACCAGCUACCACCAAUUAUACGACCACCAUUAAUGGCAUAUACGGAUACGAGCGGUCCGCACAAUCGCCGGUCAACAACUUUUGCCGUUUUCCUCCGUCGUUGGUUGACACGACGCUGAACGAGUACGACGAAUCACAUGAUCUAACCCUCGACCAACAACCGUACAGAACAAACCCAUUGGUAUUGCCCGGUGCUAAGGUGAAAAGAGAUCAGCCUAAAAUUCAGUCAUACCUACGUCAUCAUCCCAACCCGAUGAUGAGAGCAAAUCCGUCACACCAUGAGCAACCUAUGGAAACGUUGAUGAAGAAAAAGGUCACGGAUACGGUGUUGCAACGGAUAAGCAAUGAAGAAGCCAAGUCAAAACUCGGUAGAAAGGUGGUGCACAGUCAAUUUAACUCACCCAUUGGUCUUUAUUCUGAAGAAAAUAUCGCAAACUCAAUCAAGUCGCAAACUGGAUAUACUCCGCUCAAGAAAACUGUGCAGUACGAUCCAGCUAAAUCUGAAACAUACAAGGCGAUUCAAGAAUCAGAAUAUGGAGACUCUCAUGCCCAAGAAAUAUCAAAACCAGUGCAACCAAAAGUUUACUCACCUGUCCAAGGAUCGGUAAAAAAGGUUCCAGUUAGCAAUGGCCAAAAUUAUAAUAAGUUGUCCUCUCCGUACAAUCCCCAUCCAGGGCGAAUUUCUCCGCAACCUCAUCCAACUGCACCACACCCAAAUGCCGAUUAUGGAGUUUCCACUGAUGAAAUCCAUCAAAGCGGCAGUUUCAAACGUUUAAUGCAUAUGGUUAUGACCGAAAACUAA